AAUCGCGAUGCAGUAUACGUCGUGGGCGAGAAGCCGCGGUCGUUUUCUGCACUCCCACACUCAUCGUAACUCGACGGACCCCACCUGACGCAGCUUAUACUGUGUCCGAAUUUGCAAGCCAUCGUUCGUCGGCAACCUUGAGCUCAAUACAUGCAUACGGUCGUGGUGGCUGGGUCCGUUGAGUUGCGAUCGGUUUCAACAGUUAUCAGAUCACUCUAUGUACCGCUAACUCUGUCGAACGAACAGCUGAGUUUGCCAUGGUACGUACUGUCAACUUCUUUCAUACCUCGCAAUGAUGCUACAAUUAUACUCCAUGCUAACGCGGAAGGGCUUGCCCUAAUGCUGACAACUAUAACGCUUUUCAUCUUUCUUCUGAUUGCUUUCACUACUCUUUUGCUUUUGCAAACUCUAGCCGGACUUUACUGACUGGCGCAAAGCAGGCUUUUGUUGUACUCUCACAACAUGGUUUGAUCGGAGCUAUCUGCUUACUUGUGAGCAUCACCUGCUCGUUAUCCG